CUUCUGUAUUGGUUGUUAUAACCUAAAAUAAAAUAGCUUUUCUAUAAAUUAUCGAAAAUAUCAAUUCAAAGGAUAAUUCUACAGAAAACUUGCGUUAAAAUAUGAAUCUUAAUAUAUCUGGAGUUGCAAAAUAUGUUUGGAAGACUCAAAAUGUCGCUGGGUUUGGAUUCCAACAAGUGCGUAACAAGUGGGCGAACUGGCUUAUGAUCCGUGAUGUGAAGAGGCGCCGCAUGAGUGCUGAAAACUAUCUUGAAAGAACUCGAAUCAACGCUAUGAGGAAAAAUGACAUCUUACCUGUGGAGAUUAGAGAACUGGCUGAUAAAGAUAUUAACAAGUUUGAGAUGAAUGCAAUCCCACUCAGAAUAAACAACAGAUGUGUUAUCACUUCAAGACCACGAGGUAUUGUAAAGGAUUGGAGAAUGAGUCGUAUUGUGUGGAGGCAUCUUGCAGACUACAAUAAACUCUCCGGAGUCCAGAGAGCUAUGUGGGGAUAGAUUACUGAGUAAAUUAUUAGAUAAUGUAUUGUAGAUACC